CUCACGCUCAACUUCUCGUUAUCAACUUUUCUAAGUCUUGGUUUUGGCUUUCCCAGUCUCAACGCCACAAGCACACCAGUGUGUCAUAGACGACUCGAAGAAGGAAACAUUGCUUGGUGCUAACGCCAGCCAUUGGUCCUGUACUUUCGCUCCCGCCCUGGCUCUUGCUCUGCCUCUCGCGUUCGCACUUUGAAAACCUGGAGAGAUCUGAGUCUAGUAUCAAGCCUUUCAACGUGGUUUCCAAGACUCGUUACCCUACUUCGCCUCGACGGAUCGACGCCACGCCCAUCUCGCAACCUCGUGGCAUUGAUUCACUUCCCGAGCACGAGGACAAAGUCUUGUUCACCUCGUGGCUCUAGGCAUCGUCGGCUUCUAUUCUCGAACCCUGCCAUCGAUUCGCCUGGUCUCUUUCACCCCUUGCGUUCUCUCACCCGAGCAUCCGGAGUCACAGCCGCUCUCGGAUAAUUUCUACAGUCUCGGAUUCCGACGAGCCCGCGGCUUAUUCGGCCUUCACCACCUCUUCCGGAUACCGCCUCUCUGUCACUCACCCCUCCACCAUGUUAUCGGAAGAAUUCUACUCCUGUAUCUGCGGCCCGCCUAUUGCGGCAAACACGGCCGUAUCAAAAGAUAUCGGCAUCUACGCUCAUACUCUUAGCCCCAGCUACACCGUCAAGUCAACUCUCAAGAGAAGUGCUACCCCGGCCCACUGCUUGGCCAUCAGUGACUCGCAUGUCUUUGCCGCCCAGCACGAAAAGUCCCAGGUCCACGUCUACUCAAGAUCGCGGGGCAUCCAAGAAACAGUCGUUACCUUUCCAGAACGGAUUCGGAGCUUGGCGUUGAUUGACGAUGUCUUGGCGUUAGGCACCUCCGAGGGCAGGUUGAUCCUGUGGGAGACAUGCACUGGUCGCCAGCUGGUCACACCACCCUGCCACGUCCAAGCCGUUUCGUGUCUGGCCGUCACGCCCUAUCACAUCCUCACAGGCUCCGAAGAUUCCAACAUUCACGUUUGGACAAUCUCCCGUCUGCAAGAGCUGGAUGCUUCUGUGGAGAGCGAGCCGGACCGUACGCUCUCCAACCACAGGGCUGCCAUCACGUCGCUCGCUGUCAGUGGAAGUGUCAACCCGGAAACCAACAUCUGCGUCUCGUCCAGCAAAGACAAGACUUGCAUCAUCUGGAACUAUCAAACGGGCGAUGUUCUGCGUACACUGUUGUUCUCCACGGCUCCGCUGUGCGUUUCCAUGGAUCCCUGCGGUCGUGCCGUCUUCGUUUCAAGUGAGGACAGGGCUCUCUACCUCGUAGAGAUCUUUGGUGAGAAGCCGCUCAUUGGUCCGAAUAGCACUGAAUCAUCGUCGACUGUCGUUCAAGUAAAUUCACCGAUUGGAGUUGCUGAUGAAGAUGCUGGCUCGGCUUUGUGCUUGGCACCAAACCAUGAUGGCACAACAAUCUUAUCCGGUCAUGCAAAAGGCAAAAUCUUGCAAUGGCAGCUGGCCGAAAACGGUCACCCCACAGAGUUGACAGACCUCAAUGCCUCUGUGACGAACUUGGUGUUUCCGCCAUUGCUGCAAAUACCUCGACCCACAAAAGCUGUUGCAGUUGUCAAGCCCACUCAGACCGAGCGGCAAUUCACCUUUACAUCUCAACUAAACACAAGUCUCGAACAAGAGACGAGAUUCGGCAAGAUGCUCAAUGGCUUUGGCUUGCCUGAUGAUGCGCUUGAGGCCGCCAUUCUUUCGUUCCAGGAGUCUCAUGCACAACAAUGUGCCACGGAUGAAGAGGCUCAGCAAGAGACUGAAGAGUUGUGGGAUAUUAUCAACGAGCAACGGGCGUUACACAAGCUGACUAUGCAGCCGUACCAUGAAGCCAAAUCAUCUCAUACCUGA